AGGCUGAGUGAUGCCUGAGCUGCAGCAGAGCAGCAUCCAUCCCUUCAGCUUCCUCCUCUGGUCUGUUCGGCGGGACUGAAGCUGAGUGAAGCUGGACUCGGUGGUUCGGAGUCCGCCGCCGCCGGAGCAGCAGUUCCGGUGGAGCGGCGCGGAGCGGCAGCCUCCACCUUGGACCGACGAGCUGGCGGAGAUGUCCCGGCACAUCUACACCCGGCACGGGGCAGGAGACGGACUGCAGAAGCCUGUGUUUCAGGGUAACAGAGGGACUUACUCCAGACGCAGCCGCCUGAAGAGGUCAGAUGGCAGCACCACAUCUACAAGCUUCAUCCUCAGACAGGGCUCAGCUGAUUCCUACACAAGCCGACCGUCUGACUCGGAUGUGUCUCUGGAGGAAGAGAAGGAGGGCGGCCGGCAAGAGAAGGAGCAACAGGCCACUGUUCAGCUGGAGAGGGCAAAGAGUAAAGCUGUUGCAUUUGCUGUGAGGACCAACGUGAGUUUCUGUGGUGCAUUGGAUGAGGAUGUUCCUGUGCCUGGCACUGCUGUCUCUUUUGAUGCCAAGGACUUCCUCCACAUCAAAGAGAAGUACAACAACGACUGGUGGAUCGGCCGCCUGGUGAAAGAGGGCUGUGAUGUUGGCUUCAUCCCGAGCCCGCUGAAGCUGGAAAACAUUCGACUCCAGCAGGAGCAGAAGAGAGGGCGCUUCCAUAGCAGUAAAUCCAGCGCCAAUUCUUCCUCCAGUCUGGGAGAAGUGGUGUCCGGCACAUUCAAACCAAACCCAAACUCGGCAGGAAAGCAGAAACAAAAAGUGACUGAGCACCUCCCGCCCUAUGAUGUGGUUCCCUCUAUGAGGCCGGUCGUGCUGGUGGGUCCGUCCCUGAAAGGUUACGAGGUGACAGACAUGAUGCAGAAAGCACUGUUUGACUUCCUGAAGCACAAGUUUGAUGGGAGGAUAUCCAUCACAAGGGUCACAGCUGACAUAUCGUUGGCCAAGAGGUCAGUACUUAACAACCCCAGUAAGAGGGCCAUCAUUGAGAGAUCCAACACCCGCUCCAGCCUUGCGGAGGUGCAGAGUGAAAUAGAAAGGAUCUUUGAGCUGGCGAGAUCUCUUCAGCUGGUGGUUUUGGAUGCAGACACAAUUAAUCACCCAGCACAGCUCAUCAAGACAUCAUUAGCUCCCAUUGUUGUUCAUGUUAAAGUGUCUUCAGCCAAGGUUCUGCAGCGGCUCAUCAAAUCAAGAGGAAAAUCUCAAAGCAAACAUUUAAAUGUGCAGCUCGUUGCAGCUGAGAAGCUGGCUCAGUGCCCAUCUGAGAUGUUUGACAUAAUUCUGGAUGAGAACCAGCUGGAAGAUGCCUGUGAGCACCUGGCAGAGUACCUGGAGGCAUACUGGCGUGCUACACACACUUCAUUUCGCACGCCUGUCAACCCCCUGCUGGGACGCAAUUUGGGCUCCACGGCUCUGUCCCCGUAUCCCACCACCAAUCAGGCUCAAAGAAACAGAAACAGCAACCACACAACAGACCAUUCACCUGUUGAGCGCCGCAGCUUGAUGCCUGCUGAUGAGAACUAUCAUAACGAACAGGCACGAAAGCAUCGCAACCGUCUGUCCUCCAGUUCACAGCACAGCAGGGACCACUCUCCAUUGGUCGAGGAGGACUACCAGGACCCCUAUCAGGACUCUUAUAAUCCUCAUCGUAAUCGAGGGUCCCCGGGAGCCUAUAGCCAGGACUCCAGGCACCGGCUUUAGGCUUUGACAUGUGAGCUUACUGUCGUUGAACAUCCACCAUGAACACUAAAGCCAAGGCAGCACUAACAGCUCCAGUGUGAUAAAUCUAUAACCCCCUUGAACUGUAACAGGUUUCUAAUUCUGUGUAGUAUCUCAUAUCCCACUCUAGCUGUGACCGCUGCCAAAUGGACUCUCGGACCUGAAAAGGGAUCCUGGACAUGUAGCACAAAGAAAACAAAAUUGUGUUUUUGAGGUAAACCUGUUGAACAUGUUUUUGAUUAUUUACCCACUAAUGGGAUGUAAGUAAGAUAAGCUAGCAAGUGAACAUGUGAGGAGUAGACUCAGCUGUCACUGUAGCAUGUAGGUGGAGCUGUGAUUCCACGUCACCGACUGACAGAAGCCAGUGCCAGACAUUACCCUGCCGUGACGAUCAGCACUCAACUCGUUUGAACAAAUCCAGGAGCUGAUGGAAGCAGAAUAUGAUGCAUCUGAGAGUCUGCAAAAGAUCGUGUGCUCUUGUCCACAAAGUGAGCGUGAAAAAAUCUUUAAAAACAAAAAAGAUUGUUUCUACAAUCCAGGUUCAGGCAUUUGCUUCUUGAGCCACUUUUAUUUUUAGUUAUAUAGAAACCAACAUUUCAAAGCUUAAAACCUCAGGAAUGAGAGGUCAUCAAGGCCUGAAAGUGUAGCGUUUAUCUUCUUACCCAUUAGGUUUUGAUUUUUUGUAAAGUUGUUGAGGAUAAAAGAAUAGUUGAAACAAUUAAAGAAGGAAUGGUCUCUAGUCUGCCAGCAUGUUUUCCACAUGCAAGGCACUUAGUACCAGUUUUCAUAAAACAUGUAUCGAACAAUAGGUUAUACAGGGUUGACAGAAGUGGAUUUGAGCAAGUGACUUAAAGAGGGCUUCCAUAUGUAAAUACUGUCAAAAAAUAUUACAAAGAUACUCAUUUAUUUAUUUGAAUUUCCAACAUGAUUAAAUCAGAACACAUCAUAAUAUGUAUGCGAUCAUUUUUGUCAGUGAUUUCAAUAUGUACACUGCCAGUUUCUGCAGAAAAGAGUCAUGAUCUAUGAAUAACAUGCACUUGUGUCUUGUAAUUUAUUACACAGAUGUUUUUUGCCUCAUGAGCCCCUAAAAGUUUUAUUUUGCAGUAAAUCUGCCAAUGGAAAAUCACCAAAAGACAGCAGUUCUUUUUGUGCAAGAUAAAAUACAUUUCAUGUUACCAAAUAGUGAGUUAUGAGCACCAUUAUAAAGAUCUAAACCCUCAUUGUGAGAGAAUGAUCAAUUGACUAGAGUAUUGUGUGCAGUGUUAUUUUCCAAAUGUACUGAAAUAAACCAUUAUGCCGUAAACAA